UGGCAAUGAUCAUACAACCUCAAUGUUACGUCACAUAUGUCAUAUGUCGAAUUUAACGUGAUAACCUCUGAAAUGUUUUCAUUUUAUCAUUCUUAUGAUAAUUAUUUUUCGUGGUGAUAAAAAGGGUGGUUUUUAGAGUAUUUCAAACAUUGGAUUACAAAUAGUAAAUACAAUGUUUAUAUAAGGUGUGUGGCAGAAUGUUUUAUAGAAAAGUGAUGCACUGUACGAUCUGCCUGAAACAUGGCACUGUCGGCAUUUCUGGGAACGGCAUACUCCUGCAACAACUGGCAAGGAUAUCGACAACGCAAUGUUGGAACAGCAAACUGCCAAUCACGACACAGACCACGGCCAAGGUGAAAAGCAAAAAUGUGCCACAGGACACCAGAAUGUGGAAGGAAACACCAUCACACGACAGAAAGAAUCAGAUGGGGAACUAUUGUAUGAUGCUGUCCAAGUUUCGAUUAAGUUCUCUAGUAGUGAUGUCCUCAAUGGCUGGGUACGCCCUCGCGCCCGCUCCCUUCGACUUGACGACGUUCGCGUUAUGCGCGAUCGGAACAGGCCUCACCUCAGCUGCCGCCAACUCUAUCAACCAAUACCACGAAGUACCAUUCGAUGCACAGAUGUCCAGGACUAAAAAUCGAGUGCUGGUCAAAGGAUUAUUAGAGCCAGUCCACGCAAUAGGUUUCGCGACUUUAGCGGGCUCUACAGGCUUGGGUCUACUUUACUUCGGAGUGAACCCACUGACAGCCGCCCUCGGCGCCACUAACUUAAUACUUUAUACGUCCGUCUAUACGCCUAUGAAGAGGAUGUCCAUAUACAAUACAUGGCUGGGGUCUGUAGUUGGAGCUAUACCUCCUCUAAUGGGCUGGGCGGGGUGCGCGGGUGUGCUAGACCCGGGCGCGGUAGUCCUCAGCGUGAUCCUAUACUCCUGGCAGUUCCCGCACUUCAACGCACUCUCCUGGAACCUACGGCCCGACUACUCACGCGCCGGCUACAGAAUGAUGGCCGUCACUGAUCCUGCGCUGUGCAGGAGGGUAGCCCUCAGACAUACAGGAGUGAUCGUGGGAGCGUGCCUUGCCUCGUCUUACCUCGAAGUAACCAACACGUGGUUCGCACUAGAAUCGUUACCGUUAAACCUUUAUUUUAUGUACUUAGCUUGGCAAUUUCACCAGAAAUCGGACAGUAACAGUUCGAGGAAACUGUUCAGGUUUUCUUUAAUACAUUUACCGGCACUUAUGUUGCUGAUGCUAGUCAAUAAGAAGAAUUGGUACAAGAGCGACACGCAGGAGCAAGAGACUACUAAGGUGCAAGAUGUCAAGAUCCCUGACUCCAGAAUAUCAGUCCUACCGCGCAGGCCCGUGGUAGCGGCGCAGGAGUCGGACCUGUCGCCAUAGAAGCGCGACCACUGAUCGAUAAUAACCGAACCGCGCUACAAUAUCAUAUUUGUUACCUAUAAAUUAAGUCAAUAAUUUAUUAUUUAUGUCAAUUUGGCGGCAAAUUAGUCGGCAAGAGUCGUACGAUUCGCAUGUUUGUUUAUUAGUUGCGUCGUACUGGGUGCCUAGUGCGAAUUUGUUUUUAAGAUAAUGUGAUCGAAACUUUACCCGCGUUUAGCCCUUAUUAGCUGGUCUACUUGGAGCACCAAUCAGAGCGCCGAACGUCAUAAACGUGUCGAUCACGUUAGCGUACAACAAACUCGUACUAGGCUCUCUGAUCAAUAAUGUCGGUGUAAAGAAGGUUAUAUGCAACUUGUACGAAAUAAGUUACAUGUAACGACUGUAAAAUUGUAUCAGUGCGAUACCUACGUUUGUUGCCGAUCAGUGAUCCUCGCUAACCUUAUAAUCUACACGUAGAUGUAGUACUUAUGUAAAUAAUGUACAUUAUAAUUAUGUGAUUCACUUAGAUGUACGUAAGAUAGUAAUAACGUCGUAACCUCAGAUUGUGUUAUUUGUCACAAAGCCAAGUAACUCGUGUGCAGCGUGCACCUCUAUUGAAAUUAUGUUCAAACUAAAAUAUUCUCGAAAGUACUCAAUAGUAUUUUGAUGUAUUAUUAUUUAUUACAUCUUGCCUUUGAUUGUAAUUUGAGUAGGAUCAGAUUAUGAUAAGUCCAUGACUUGGGAUUAAAUGAAAUCAAUAAAUAAUAAAUCCUUACAUUUA